AUGGAGGAUGAUCAAGAGAAUGAGCAUCCCGUCCGAAACCUGGUGCUGUCCGUCUGCGAUCUGAAGCAACAUGGGGAUGUCCCUGCGGCCAGAUGCGGAUCGCAGACGGUCACCAUGAACACGCGAAUGUACCUGCAUGGUGGUUGCGAUGACAAGAAGGCCUAUGGAGAUCUUCAUCUCUUGGAGAUCGAGCAGAUGAAGUGGACCGAGACGCUGGUCGCAGCUGGCGCGCGGGCGAUGAGCCAGAAGGAGGCUCAGCGCCAGUGUGCCAAGCUCUCGCAGAAGUGGAGGCUUUUGGCUGAAGCCGAGCCUCAAGGUUUUCAGCUGCAGCGAAGCUUUCAGUUCAAAGACUUCGGUGCAGCUUGGGGCUUUAUGUCGCGGGUGGCGCUGUGCGCGGAGAAGGCGGAUCACCAUCCGAACUGGAGCAACGUGUACUCCACGGUCGACGUGACGCUGUGGACGCACGACGCCCCGGGGCUCACCGAGAAGGACUUUGCUUUGGCCGCUCAGAUGGAUGCCAUUGCUGAGACCUCUGGUCUGGCGACCUCGCAGGAAGCGCGGGAUGCAGCUCUGAACCGCUUAGCUGAGGACACCGUUGGGACCAGCGGAGGUUCCGCACCCGACCUGGCAGGUUCCGCACCCACCGCACGUUGGGGUCACACCAUGGAGGGCUACGACACGGUGCGGAAGGGCGAACCGGUUCCGGUCGACACGGCGUUACGGGAGAACUGCUCCCGUGGGCUGGUUGGGCUCAAAGGUCCGACCCUGAACGACCGGAGCUCCGACCGGCACCGAUCGCAGGAGCUCGUGAUCUUCGGAGGCAUCGCCGAGGAGUCGGCGCUCCUCUCGGACGAGGGCGCGAGGUCGGACGAGAAAAUCUCAGUGGGGAUCUACGACAAAAGGUUGCGCACUCAUCUCAGCAGCAAGGCCAUGCUCCGCAAGGCCGUUGCGCUGGUGCUGACCGUCCGUUUGGUUGACAGUCAAGACUUCCUGGCGCCGCUGGCGCCCGCGGAGGGCUGGGGAGAGCCCGGAAGCACCGUGGUGCACCACGUCUAUCACGUGGAGCACACGCCCUCUUGGGUGCACACGCCAACUGUGGUGCAUGUGCCUGGAGUGUCCGGAUCCUCCUUCGAUUCAUCCACCUUCGACAGCUUGUCAGGGGCACCCACCUUCCCCGAGAGCUUCUCGGGGUCCACCUUCGCUCACGGCUUGUCGGGGGCUUCGGCCUUUCCUGACUUGGCGGGAUCGCCCAGCUACGCCGACAGCUUCUCGGGGUCGGGCUUGUCUUACGUGCCGUCCCAAAGCACGGCCGAUGCGGUGGCGACGCACGGAGCGGGAGAGACUCCUGAAGAGACGUCGGAGCGCAUCCACAAGAUGGUGGAGCGAAUGUCCAAGUACGUGGCCUCCAAGUCUCCCGAUCCAGCCACCGUGCAGAUGGCACAGCGUAUGGAGCUCUCGGCCAGGAACGGCAUGUUGAGAGAAGAGGGCUAUGACAACAUUGCCACGAUUUUGUCGAAGGCAUCCAUGUUGUCGUCACCAAGUGCUCCGGUGUUCGAGACGGCGGCCACAAAGGGUUUUUUGGCCACGCGGGAGGAUUUGGAUUGGCUGCUCAAUCACUGCGGUGAAGCGGCGGUGGCUGGGGAGAAGAACAUGGAAGAGACCACCGCAGGAGGCGACACGCCCUGUCCCGCCGGCCAAGCGUGUAGUCCGACGAAGAGCUACGGUGCUGGCACGCCUUGGACCAAUUCCGAGGUGAAGUACUGCUUCGAUGUGCAGCUGGCGCCUAGCGCCAAGAGUGCCGUCGAGUGCGCCAUUACGAAGAUCAGGCAAGCCGUGCCUGGUAUUACCUUUACGAAUGUCGGGCAGCGAGGCUCUGGAAGCUGCAAUUCAAGGCCUGCGAUCUUCGUCCAGUCCCAGAACUCUGGGUGCUGGGCUAAUAUCGGCAUGACGGGCAGCUUUUCAGGCUUCUUCACCGGGAACCAGCAGUUGAAUUUGCAGACGCCGGGCUGCAACGACUGUGGCACAGCCAUCCAUGAGAUGCUGCACAGCAUGGGCAUGGCGCAUGAGCAGAGUCGACCGGAUCGAGAUAACUAUGUGACGAUCAACUGGCAGAACAUCCAGAGCAAUAUGCAUAGCCAGUUUGCCAAGGAUAGCUAUGCGGACACGAACCGGCCCUACGACAUUCUGUCGAUCAUGCACUACGGCCCAACCGCCUUCACCAGCAAUGGCAUGCCCUCAAUCACUGUGAAGCCGGCGGGCUUCGCGCUCUACACGCAAGAUCCUAAUCGAUAUCAGUACUAUCGAACGGGGCAGCGGAUGGGAAUGAGUGAGCGCGACAUCGGCCAGCUGAAGGAUCUCUAUCAGUGUACCACACCCAGCACCUGUAUGGGCAGCAAUAUGGUCGUGGUGACCUCGCAGCCGUCGAGCGCCGUGCGGCCACCGAGCCCCGUGGGGCCCAUCGGACCGAACUGGCCAGACAUGGGCGGCUUUGGCAACAUGCUGCAAGGUGACUCCUUGGUACAGCUCGUGGUGGCCGCAGUGGUCAUCAUUGUGCUUUGCUCCGCACUGAGCUGCCUGUGCUCCCGUGGUGGCGGCUAUAUACGCAUCUGA